GUCAGUCGAUAGCGUGUGCGGCGCGCCGGCCGGGCUGCCGAGGGAGGCGCGAGCGAGCGAGCGGCCGCUGUGACCCGACCCGCGACCACCGGACGACAUGACCUAGGCGGCGCACCGGUGACCUCCGCUGAUAAAAUGAAUACAGACGUCUCGAUUUCUAAAAAGGCGCCGGUGGACAGCUAGCAGCACGGCCACGUCGCCGGUGCCGCUGGUGCCUCUGGCGGGCGUCGGGCGCACCAUGCGCGAACCUCUGGCCAACCACGGCGGCAGCGAGCCCACCGCGCUCGCCGAGACGGAGGUGACCGCCGCCCAGGAUGUCCGCCCCCACCAACAGAUGGCCUCGCUCACGCUGGAGGAGAAGAGGUUCCUUCUGGCCGUCGAAAGGGGUGACGUCGCCACCACCCGACGCCUGCUGCAGCGGACCCAGAACUGCACCCCCACGCUGAACAUCAACUGCGUGGACCCGCUGGGCCGAACCGCCCUGCUGAUGGCCAUCGACAACGAGAACCUCGAGAUGGUCGAGCUGCUCAUCGAAAACAAGGUGGAGACCAAGGACGCCCUGCUGCACGCCAUCAACGAGGAGUACGUGGAGGCCGUGGAGGUGCUGCUCGAACACGAGGAGCUCAUCCACCGGCCCGGCGAGCUGCACAGCUGGGAGGCACUGCCGGCCGACACGGCCACGUUCACGCCAGACAUCACGCCGCUCAUCCUGGCCGCCCACCGGGACAACUACGAGAUCAUCAAGAUCCUGAUGGACCGCGGCGCCAGCCUGCCCACUCCGCACAGCUGCAGGUGCGGCUGCGAGGAGUGUAUGACGUCGCACCAGGAGGACUCACUGCGCCACAGCCGGUCGCGGAUCAACUCGUACCGGGCGCUGGCCAGCCCCUCGCUGAUCGCGCUCAGCAGCAAGGAUCCCAUCCUGCAGGCGUUCGAGCUCAGCUGGGAGCUGCGGCGGCUCAGCGUGCUCGAGCACGAGUUCAAAACAGACUACCAGGAGCUGCGGAAGCGGUGCCAGGACUUUGCCACGGCGCUGCUGGACCACACGCGCAGCUCGUACGAGCUCGAGGUGCUGCUGAACCACGACCCCACCGGGCCGGCCUUCGAGCACGGCGAGCGGAUGCACCUCAGCCGGCUCAAGCUGGCCAUCAAAUACAAACAGAAAAAGUUCGUGGCCCACCCGAACGUGCAGCAGCUGCUGGCCUCCAUCUGGUACGAGGGCCUGCCCGGCUUCCGGCGCAAGAACAUGCUCCUGCAGAUGAUCGAGGUGAUCCGGAUCGGCGUGCUCUUCCCCUUCUUCUCGUUCUGCUACAUCAUCGCGCCGCACAGUCGGAUGGGCCGCACCAUGCGGCGGCCCUUCAUCAAGUUCAUCUGCCACUCCGCCUCAUACCUGACAUUCCUCGUGUUGCUCAUCCUGGCGUCACAGCGGAUCGAGACCGUCGUCUCGGACUGGUUCGGUAUGCCGCACAAUCAGAACGACGUGACUACCAAGCGGGGCGCGCGGCCCAGCAUGGUCGAGUGGCUCAUCCUCGCCUGGGUGGCAGGGCUCAUCUGGAGCGAGAUCAAGCAGCUGUGGGACAUUGGUCUGCAGGACUACGUCAGCGACCUGUGGAACGUCAUCGACUUUGUCACCAACGCGCUGUACGUGGCCACCAUAGCGCUGCGGCUGGUGGCCUACAACCAGGUCCAGAAGGAGCUGGCGGAGAACACGGGCACUGCGAACAUGCCUCGCGAGUGCUGGGACGCCUGGGACCCGAUGCUGAUCGCCGAGGGACUGUUCGCGGCGGCCAACAUCUUCAGCUCGCUGAAGCUGGUGUACAUUUUCUCCAUAAACCCGCACCUGGGGCCGCUGCAGGUCACACUGUCGCGAAUGGUGCUAGACAUCCUCAAGUUCGCCUUCCUCUUCAUGCUGACACUGUUCGCCUUUUCCUGCGGAUUGAACCAGUUGUUAUGGUACUACGCCGACCUGGAGAAACAAAAGUGCUUUAGCCUGCGAUGUCACGGCGAUCAAGGCACCUGCGUCAAACAGGAAAAAGACCCCGACGCCUGUUUUGUUUGGAGAAGAUUUUCAAAUUUAUUUGAGACCAUGCAGACCCUAUUCUGGGCCGUGUUCGGUCUCAUCGACCUGGACAACUUCGAGCUGGCCGGCCUGAAGACGUUCACCCGCUUCUGGGGCAUGCUCAUGUUCGGCUGCUACUCGACCAUCAACAUCACCAUCCUGCUCAACCUCUUCAUCGCCAUGAUGAACCAUUCCUAUCAGCUCAUCUCGGUCUCGUCCAGCACGCUGGGCACGAGGGCGACCAAAAGCUCAAGUAGUGGCAUCGAGGAGCGCGCUGACACUGAGUGGAAGUUUGCCCGGAGUAAGCUGUGGAUGAGCUAUUUCGAGGAGGGCGGUACGGUGCCGCCGCCCUUCAACAUCAUCAUCACCCCCAAGUCGGUCUACUACAUGUUCCGCUGGAUGGUCCGCAAGUGCUGCGGCCACUCGUACGCCGCGCGCAAGGAGCACAUGAGGACGGUGCGGCGCAAGGUGCGUCAGGCGAGCGAGAGGAACCAUCGGUAUCAGACAAUCAUGCGGAACCUGGUGCGUCGUUACGUGACGCGCGAGCAGCGGAAGGCCGACAACCAGGGCGUGACGGAGGAUGACGUCAACGAGAUCAAGCAGGACAUCUCGGCGUUCCGCUGCGAGCUGGUCGAGAUCCUGCGCAACUCGGGCAUGAACACCUCGUCGGCCAAUCCGGGCACAGGGUCGGGCGGCAAAAAGAAUCGUUUGAAGGAGCGGCGUCUGAUGAAGGGAUUCAACCUGGGCUCAAUGCACCCGCCGGCCGGCGGCGCCGGCGCCGCGGGCCGCCGCGAGUCCGCGCUCUCGGCGACCUUUACCUCUGCGCUGACGCCUUCCGCGCUGCCGACGGCCGGCUCGCUGGAGGCAGCGCGGGAGGCCGGCGCCCGGUCCCCCGCCUUUCGACUCUCUCGGUUCGCCCGCGUCGCCGAACAGCGGCUGGCCAAACGAGAGAUGAGCAAGAGGCGCUGGGGGACUCUGGUCGAGGCCGCCAAAAACGCGCGCGUCGCCAAACUGCUGACGCGCAGCCGGAGCGAGGACUCGAGCUGCAGCUCGAGCGGCGAGCGGCGCAGCAGCCGCCGUCAGCAGAGCGUCGACAGCGACGCCAGCGGCGGCAGCCUGCGGCGCCGCGAGGUGCCACAGCCCCGGCCAGUCCCCUCUCUGACGCUGGACCUCAACACGAGCGCCGCCAGCGGCGACGAGCCGCGCGCCGGCAGCCCCGGCCGAAACUCGUUCGUCUUCAUCGACGACCACCCGGCCGACGACUCGACGCGGCAGACGUCGAUCGAGUCUCGCGCGUCGGCCGGCUCGUCGCCGCGCCUGCUGGCCACGCACACCGCCUCGCCGGAGGCCAGCGUCGCGCCGUCGUCGUCGCGCGAGCCGCUGAUGGUGCCGCCUGGCGGCCGGUUCCCGAACCUGCCCGGCAUUCAGCCCAUCACACGCCAGAUGUCGCAGGGCUGGCUCUGACGCCGCCGGCGGCCGCUAGGGGCGCUGGUGUCGGCGGGCGGCGGCCGGCCGGACCUCGGUCGACCGCCGGCCGCCGACAAACCGCCGACUCGUAGCUCUAGCUUCCGUCUCCAGCACUGUCGGGCCGGACCCGUCCGUCGGCCGGACCGCUGCCGUGUGGACGGUCUGCCCGGGGGCCGGCACGGCCCGGUGGCCGGCGGCGAGCUUAGAAACCAGUCCAUACUGAGGUCUGCCCAGAGACUCCUCCAGUGUUUGACCUCGCGGAUCACCGCUGCGUGGGGAGCGGUCAGAAGUGUAGCAAGUGCCAAUGAACUGUUCAUUUUAUAGUCGGGCUAGUUCAAAGGCACUUGGUAGCGGCGUGCUGUGGUGAUGGGACGUGGUGUUGCACUUUUGGAGCAUUUAUUCCGUUGUUGAUGCGUGCAAAUGGACUACGGUAGAGCAGAGAAUGUAGUAGACGAUUGUAACGCAUCGCCUAGCAUCGGGGAGUUCUUGUCCAGAUGAGUUGUAAGCUUUCAUGUGGCGUUACGUUUGGAACUUUCUGCACUUCUGAAUGUAUUAUGCGUAUUACGAAUAGGGAUCAAUUAGCGCUAUUAGCUUUGAUGAAGUAUUUAACCCGGCAGUUAUCUGGGAAACGCCUGUUGAUGCAAACAGCUGCAAAUUUUACAAGGUUUCUCGAUACCAUCGUUUUCAAUUUGGCAAAUGGGCAAACCGCUGUUUAAAGCUUGCAACAGUGAAUUCAUAUUGGGGCAUUUGGCUUUGAUAUCAACGCGUUUUCAAGUUUUUUUUUUCAGCAUUCAAAAAUCUGUAAAGCGCGCACGUCUGUGCUUAGAAUGUUCUCGUGGUUUAUAUAAUUAUCAAAAUAGCAAAUUGUAAGUCUUUACUAAAUCCGAUACCUUGGUCAACCAAAAUGGCAUUUCAGGAAAUGACAAUACUAGGGCAUUAGUUCGAAAAUGUGCCCCUCGACGUUGAAUCAGCAGUAAGAAAAACGCAAUGCUAUCUUUGCCAAAUGCUCCACUCAAUGUCCGUCUUGAAGAUGCGCACAACGCGGUAUAGCAAUGUAUCUAACGCGAUAUGCAACAGGCAGGGAUAUGCAGUCAGCGGGGCGCCAUUACAGCUGACCAGAGAGAAGGGAAUCGGGUGGUGCCGCCUUGUGAACCGCUCGUACCGGAAUGAUGGACAUCGUCCCGCUGGUCACCGUCCCGGAAUGGUGGCGAAUGUUACGGAAUGAUGGCCACCGUCCCGGAAUGGUGGCGACCAUUCCGGAAUGGUGCCCACCGCCCCGGAAUGAUGUCCACCGCCCCGGAAUGAUGUCCAUUGUCCCGGAAUGGUGGUCACCGUCCCGGAAUGGUGGUCACCGUCCCGGAAUGAUGGCGACCAUUCCGGAAUGGUGCCCACCGCCCCGGAAUGAUGUCCAUUGUCCCGGAAUGAUGACCGCCAUCCCGGAGCGGUUGGGAGGCCGUCCCGGGGAGGCCGCACGGCACACUGCUGAAGCUCCGUGUGUGUGUGCACGGACCGCCGACAUUCCAGAGGCGGCACUGGCUCCGCGUCGUCCGCGGAUCACGGGUACUGGUGGAGGGGUGCGGGGGGACGGGGGGCGGGAAGGGACGGCCCGGGGAGGGCGGCGUGUGUCGCGGUCAGACAGGGUCCGCCGUAUGUGUGACGGGUGCAGGACAGGGUGCGCCGCUGGCGGGUCAUUGUGCUGCGCGCCGGAGAGUCUCGGUUGUAUCUGGUGUGACCUGCGCUCACCUAUUUAUAUAGGAGGAAGGUUUCCGCCAAACAGCGGGCAGACGGUUCAAGUAACGUUCAAUGACGCAAGGUUAUAGGCUAUAGAGUACCGUUUAUAAUCGCUGAUGUUCAAAUGAUGUUUUGAUUUUGUUUUUGAUAGAACAGAAAUAAAGUAAUAUUCGUGUCUACCUAAGUUGUAAUUUUUUGGAUAAAAAAGUCAUGGAGACAAGCACAUACUUUGGUUAGCAAGCAUUACAAAAAUCAAUUUUUACGUUGAGCCCGAACAUAAAAUUAAGCUAAUAAUCGUUACGCUUCCUUCAAAAUUAUCGAACUUGACUAUUUUCUUGAGGUUUAUCACAAUUUAAUACAAUUAUCAGCUACGGCAUUAGUGCCAACCAGUGAGUCCAUAGCAAACUGAUGAAAAGAUAAAAGAAUUAUCGAACACGUUCUAUGCAAAAUCAUUGUUCGGGUUUUACGCAGGUUUUGACGAUGGAACUGGUGAAUGGAAUUCCUCUACUUCGUCUUCUGUUGUGUAAAACUCUGCGUUCAGUUGAGAUAUGUGCGGCUGUAUGUCUCGGUUUCAGAGUUCAGUCAUCAGGUUGGCUCGGCCGUGACGACGUUCUAAUUUGCUCCAUCUUUGUCUGUGUGGACAGAAUGGCUGUGUCGAUCGGGAAAAAUUACGCUUAUCGAUUCAAUUGGCGCCGUCUGUGGAGAGUUCUGUUACUGGAGCGGCCGGUAGACUGCAGAGGAGCGGUUCCGUUUCUGAUGCAGCCGGUAGAUCAGAGGAGCGGAUCCGUUACUGGUGCAGCCGAUAGGCUGCAGAGGAGCGGUUCCGUUUCUGAUGCAGCCGGUAGAUCAGAGGAGCACGCCGCCGCCGCCGCCCGUGUCCGUGUCAACAGACGUGUCGAAAUAAACGAGGUCCAAGUGUGAGUGG